UCGAGGUGCAGGAUUAGUUUGCAACCGAACCCCAAAAGAAUUCUUCGGAGAAUGCGUUUAUCUCCUCUGAUUCUUCUCUUCAUCCUACCAUUUUCUCUGGCAGAAGAGGAGACACCAAUUUCCUCUAAAAUCUCUGGCUACUUCAUCGUGUUCUUCUUGCUCCUUUGUGCGGUUCUUCUCAAGUACAUACUGCGAAAUUGCAGAAGCAGGGGUAGCACCAGAGACAGCAACCUCAACGUCGUCAAUGUAGAAGUUGGUGAUCUUCAAGGGCUCUCUGUUGGUGCUCCCCAACAAUCCUCUGGUGGAGUUGACAGGAACCUCAUCAAUUCACUGCCGGUUUUCGAGUUUGCAGCCCUCACUGAAUCGAGCGUAGGCUCGGAAUGUGCGAUUUGCCUUGGCAGAUUUGAGGGCAAAGAUUCGCUUCACUUGCUUCCAAAGUGCAGACACGCUUUUCACAGAGAGUGCAUAGACAAAUGGCUUGAAGAUCAUUCUAGCUGCCCCAUCUGCAGGCAAAGCGUCGACGCUCAGGACAUCUCUGCUUUUGUAUCCAGCAAUUCUCGUGAUUGUACAAACCUGAAGGUAGAUGGUGCAGAUAGGAAACGAGUUCAUGGUUUUGAGCAUAGGAUCACUGUUUUAGAUGCAAAUUUUGACAGUACAAGUCGCUAAAUGAAUAUGUCAUCGAUGGCUUGAGUCUCGUGGUUUUGAACUCCGUCUCUCUUUUUCCCCGAGAGCUUGCCAAGGAUCAAGACCUGCUCUGCUGCGGAUGCCAAGGGCAGUAAGUCCUGCGCUUUCUCCCUCGCGUUAGGACUUCUCCUCUAGUCCGUUUAUUGAUCUUGGUCUCUGAAGCAUCCCCGUAUUCUCUUGAUUGGCGCCAUGGGGAAAAUGUCAGAGCAUAAUUCUGGUGAUUUGUUUUCAGAAAAACACGAAGAAAAUGUAAGAUAAGUUGAUGCUCUUUCACUGCUUUUAUUGAGACUGUCUGUCACAUUGGAAAAAUCUUUCACACUCCCAAGGAAUUCGUUCGCAGCAUUUGAAAGUGCAGAAAGACAGCUUGUUCUUGAUUGUAUUUCAUCAUAAACCAUUUAAAAGAAAACUAAAGCUUCCA